AUGGAGCUUUUUACAUUAGUGGUUUCCAUACUCCUCAUCGCCAUCACAUUUUUCCUCCUCCGCCGCAGAAGCUCCGGCAACGCCAGAUUGCCACCCGGAAGCUUCGGCUGGCCAAUCAUCGGCGAGAGCGUGGAGUUCCUCUUCGGCAAUUCGGAGAAAUUCGUCGGCGAUCGGAUGCUAAAGUACUCCCCGGAGAUGUUCAAAACCAAAAUCCUCGGCGAGAAAACCGCCGUGAUCUGCGGCCCCGCCGGCAACAAAUUCCUCUUCUCCAACGAGGAGAAGCUAUUCAGCAUGUUCCGCCCCCACUCAAUGCAGCACCUCUUCCGCUCCAACAAGCCCAAACCCGCCCUCAACAUGCCGGAGGUGGUUCGCCAGCCCGGUUUCCUCAAGCCGGAAGCCCUGAUGCGUUAUUUGGCGGGAAUGGAUUUGAUCACGCAAAAGCAGCUGCACAUUCACUGCGACGGUAAAAAAAUCGUGGAGUUUUACCCGCUGUCAAAAACAAUUACCUUAACUAUCGCAUGCCAGUUUUUCCUGGGGAUAAACAACCCUGACCGGAUCGCGCGGUUGGUGGAAACUUUCGAUGAUGUCACGCGGGGGAUGGCAUCUAUCAUGCUCAAUUUGCCCGGGACCACGUUUUACCGCGCCAACAAGGCUGCGGCAGCGCUCCGGAAGGAGCUCAUCGCGGUGGUCGAGGAGAAGAAGGAGGCGAUGGCCGAGGGAGCUGGGCCGAUGCACGACAUCUUGUCGCACAUGAUCGCGGCGUCUGACCCGAGCGGGAGCUGCUUGCCCGAAUCCGAGAUUGCGGAUAAGAUGAUGGGGCUCUUGAUCUCCGGGUAUGGCAACGUGUCAACCACCAUAACAUUCGUGAUGAAGCAUCUAGGGCUGAACCCUGAUAUCUACGAACGAGUUCGUGCAGAACAACUAGCGAUUGCGGUGGCUAAGAAGGAAGGAGUGCCAUUGCAUUGGGAAGAUAUGGCGAAGAUGAAAUAUUCAUGGAAUGUGAUAUGUGAGACAAUGAGAAUGGUUCCAUUUCAAGGAACUUUUAGGGAAGUGAUUGAGGAAUUUACUUAUGCUGGCUACACUAUUCCUAAGGGUUGGAAGGUAUAUUGGACCGUGAGCACGACCUGCAUGAGCCCUCAAUAUUUCAAGGAUCCGAAGAGGUUCAACCCAUCGAGAUACGACGAGGGAGAAGCGCCUCCUCCUUACACCUACAUGCCGUUCGGAAAAGGGCUGAGAAUGUGCCCGGGAAACGAGUAUGCUAGGAUAGUGAUGCUGACUUUCGUUCACAAUGUUGUGAAAAAUUACCGAUGGGAAAUGGUCGACCCGAACGAGAAGGUCAGCGGAUCCAUGAUUCCGGAGCCCCAAAAAGGCCUACCGGUCCGUCUUUACCAUCAUUGAUGCAAAGCUGGAACAUGCCGAAAACUGUUUGUUGUACAAUCAAUGUCAAAUAAUGGAAUUGAAUCCUCCGUUUAAUUUCUUUUAUGGAUACAUGUUUAUUGUUGAA